AUGCAAAAAGCAUGGUCGUGCUGGUGGAGUGGAGGUUGUGGUGAAAGAGAUGGAGGUGAAGGUGGUGGUGGUGAUGAAUGUGGAGUUGGUGAUUGUGGUUGUGGUAGUGGUGGUGGUGGGGAUGGUGGUUGUGGAGGUGACGGUGGCUGCGUGGUGGUGGUGGUGGUGUUGGUUGUGGAAGUAGUGGUGGAUGUGGAGGUGGUGGUUGUGGUGGCGGAGGAUGAGGAGGAGGUGGAUGUGGUGGUGGUGGUGGCAGUGGUUGUGGAGGUGGUGAAUGUGGUGGUGGAGUUGGAUGUGGAAUGGGAACUAAAAAAUUCAUUACAUGCUCAUUUCUACUUCUUUCGAAAGCAGCUUUGA